AUGCCAAACACAGAUUCCUGUCACUGUAUUCAAUAUGUAAUCCUACAACACAAAAUCCCUGUCAUUGUGAUUUCUUCUGAUGCCACACAAAGUUCUGUCAUAAAUUCUAUCACUCACGGCGCCUGUGAUUAUUGGCUUCAACCUUUGCAUGAAAAACAAUUCAAGACCAUGUGGCAACAUGUUGCCCGAAAAACUUUGAUUGAAAAUAAACAACAUCACGAUCUUGGAUUCUUGAAGGUUGGAACUGAUAAAGAACCUGAAGUUCUUGGAAUCUUGGAGACUCAAAGUCAUCAAUAA